AUGUAUUGCAUCCUGAAAAGAUUCGGUUCAUCAACGCCUCGAACGAAUGGUGGACGAAUCCUUACGAUUAUUUAUGGUGUAGUCGGUUGUACGAGUUGUGUGUUGUUCUUCAAUCUGUUCCUCGAACGACUAGUUACCGCUUUGUCGUAUCUUCUAAGGUAUUUGCACGAAAAAAAGCUACAACGACGAUUGAUCAGGAACAGUAGCAAUAAUAAGCCGGUCACCUUACUAAUCAAUAACGCGGACUACUGCGAAUCGGCAAGCUCAUGCGAAGGUCCUGCAGAUGGCUGGCGACCUUCUGUAUAUAAGGUGUUUUUCUGCCUUUUCAGCAUCUCUGCAUUAUUGAUUAGCACAGCAGCUUUGAUUUAUUCACAUGUAGAGGAUUGGGCAUACAUAGAAGCUAUGUAUUUCUGUUUCAUAAGUUUUGCUACCAUCGGCUUCGGCGACUAUGUCUCCAAUCAAAAGGAUGUGACGAAAAUGAAUGGAGAUCUGUACAGAUUUCUCAAUUUCGCAUUGCUCACACUCGGUGCCUGUUGUUUCUAUUGCCUUUUUAACGUGUCUUCCAUAGUAGUAAGACAACUUUUGAACUUUAUGAUAAAGAAAAUGGACGUGAAGGGAACAAUUUGUUGUUUAAAGAAGAAGCGACGAUAUAUGGGAUUGGGAUUACGACCUCCAAAAGGAUACGACGAGUCGUCAGAACGAUCAUCAGUCGACUAUCAGGAUGGUCUACUAUCCUUAAAAGAAUUCCUCAUGAACAAUCAAAGCUCUGUAUUGCUACUCCAAAAGCAACUAAUCAAAAGCGCCAUGAAGAACGUGAAAGAAAACGAGGAACAGAAGAUCUCAGCUACACGGGUCGGACCGAUGGGUAUCCUUGAUCAAGCGUUCGGCGACGAAAACUAA